CACUUUAGCAGCAGACAGGUAGAAACAGGCAGCUUUAGAUGAAACAGUAAGGAACAGACGACCACAGAAUAGCCUGUGAAAAAUACUGUAGAGAAAGAAUCUAAAACAUAAAUAAUAUCUGUGGAACAUCCGUCAAAUAUCCACGGAAUAUUACAGCAACAAGGGCGUAGAGCGUAAGAUCGACGUGACUUUUCAGCUCAGUUCUUCGUCUCAGGUCGUCACCAGCUUUCGAUAAGAUGAAGGAGCUAAUGAUUGUGCUCCUGCUGUGUCACCCUGUGUCUGCAGUUAAAAACUCUUUGAUGUUGAAUCUCACGAUAUCUUCUGGAGUCCCAGACGUACCAGAAUAUGUGGUUGUGGCAAAAAUUGACGGAAUUACUGUGGUUUACUACGACAGCAGCAUGAAAGAACCAGAACCCAGACAAGUCUGGGUGAAAAAAUUAAUUGAUAAAUAUCCAGGGCGAUGGAAAAAAGGUACUCAGGAAUGCAGGUACUAUCAUGAUGUCCUCAAAGAUGAAACAGGCAUCAUUACUAAAUACUCCAACCAAACUGGAGGUGUUCAGAUUGUCCAGCAGAUCAUCGGUUGUGAAUGGGACGACGAGACUGACCUGGUUGAUGGCUACAAGAAGUAUAGUUUGAAUGGACAAGACUUCAUUGCAUUUGAUGUGAAGACAGAGACUUGGACCUCUUCAAACCCUCUGGCUGAAAGCAUUAAACAGAAGUGGAACAGAAAUAAAGCCAGAAAUGGAUACUGGAAGAACCUCCUCACAAAGGUUUAUGUUGAUGUGCUGAAGAUGUAUAUUAAAUAUGUGAAGAAUGUCCUGAAUAGAAAAGACGUCCCCUCAGUGUCUCUCCUCCAGAAGACUCCCUCCUCUCCAGUCAGCUGCCACGCUACAGGUUUCUACCCUGACAGAGCCACGAUGUUCUGGAGGAAAGAUGGAGAGGAGAUUCAUGAAGGAGUGGAACGUGGAGAGAUCCUCCCCAACCAUGAUGGAUCCUUCCAGAUGAAUGUUGACCUGAACAUUUCAUCAGUCUCACCUGAAGACUGGAGGAGGUACGACUGUGUGUUUCAUCUCUCUGGUGUGGAGGACAUCAUCACAAUACUGGAUGAAACACAGAUCAGAGCCUCUGUGGGAAAAACAUAUGAAGAGAAACCCUCUGAUGUGACCGUCCCCAUCACUGCUGCUGUGGUUGCUCUUGUUCUCGUCCUCGUUGCUGUCGUAGGAUUUGUUGUUUACAAAAAGAAGAAAGAUAAUUGCCCAACGUCUCCUCAGGACAACAUGAAUGAACUCACUGAGGGACUGAAUCCAGACAAAGACAACACCCAGCCCACAGAGAAGUCAACAAUUCAAACCUCCACUUAAUCAAGCUCAGAGACCAUUUUUCAUUCAUGUAGAAAACACUACUACUGCAAGAAGGACAAUCCUGACAAUCAAAAAUUAAUUUUCCCGGAAUCUUCCUAUAAAGAUGAAAAAAAGCUGAGACAUUUUUAUUAUUAUUAUUCUUUUACUGUUUUAUACAUUAUACAUUCAUACAUUUUUGUAUAUUUCUGUUGUUUUCCAUUAAUAAUUAAAACAAUUUCUCUGUAGACUUGUGUCUAUUCUC